UGACUCUCGAGACCAUUUCGCCCCGACGACUUCGGAGGCGAGGGUGUGCUAAAUGGGGCUGCCUGACUCACGGGCCGCAAGCAUAUUAUAAUCUCCCGCUUUAUUAUGCUCGCAGUCCAAUAGUCAGUGUCACAAGUCGAGUGUUCACGACCCCGUCUUGACUGCAGUGUGUUCUAGUCAUCUCUAGUCAACCAGUGUUUGGUGAAGCAUCCAGUGUAUCUUUGUGUAAUCUUCGACCACCACCGUUAAAAUGUCGCAGCAGCAGCAACAGCAGGUGGUGAGGCAGCAGGUCUCCUCUCAGCAGACAAGCAGCAGUGUCAGCAUGCAGCAGUCAAGAGUACAGCAGCAGACUCAAGUGCAGACUCGUACUGUCCGCGAAGUCCAGCAGGGCGUACAGAGGAUCCAAGGUCCCACCCAGAUGAUGCCCGUGGGUCUGCCAGCCGGGGCGUCACCACCAGUGUUCGAGCAGAUCUUCCGAAAUGCUCGCUUUGCCCAGGGCGGCGAUGCCAUGUUCGAGGGCAAAGUCCAGGGCAACCCGAAGCCCACCGUCACCUGGACCCGCAAGGGAGCACAGAUCGUGUCCGGAAACAAAUAUCAGGUGACACACGAUGAGAACACAGGUGUGGUGACUCUUAAUAUCACCGCCAUCGGCCCCGGCGACGAGGGCGAGUACACUUGCACAGCAGCCAACCAGUACGGCGAGGCCAUCUGCACCGUUUAUAUCCAGCCAGAGGCGGCCUACAUGAUGCAGCAGCAACGCCAGUCCAUGCAGAUGCAACAAAGUAAGUCCAUGAUGCAGCAACAGCAGAUGUCGCAAACAUUUUCGCAGCAGCAGCAACAGAUGAUGUCGGUGCAAAAUGGACAUAUGGAGUCGUUCCGCGUGGACACCUUCGAAUACAGACUGCUUCAUGAAGUGGAGUUCCGUCGCUCUCUGACAAUCACCGUGGCUGGAGAGCUGGAGGUGGACCUUGGCGCCAUCCAGGGUCCUCCUCAGGCUCCUCAGCUCCAGCAGAAGCCACGCUCCACUAAGGUCUCCGACGGAGGCAACGCCACCUUCACCGUCAAUGUCAACGGCUACCCGACUCCCAGGGUUAUCUGGUUUAAGAACGGCGUCGGUCUUCAGCAAAGCGACAAAUACCUGAUGACCCAGUCCGCCGGCCACCUGGUGAAGCAGGUGAACUCACAGGACAGCGGCUACUACACAAUGCUGGCCGAGAACUCCUCUGGGUGCACCGUGGCUUCCGCUCAGCUAGCCGUGGUGCCCCGGGGCGAGGUCACCAACGGCGCCCCAUCUCCCGAAGUUAUCCGUCCUGAACGGAUUGAGCAGCAGCAGGCUCAACAGCAGAUGGAGGUGGACGUCGGAGAGGAAAGCGGCAAGUCCUUGGAACCCAAGUUCGUCCGAGGCCCCGCUGACCGCGAAGUCCAGGAGGGCAAAAUGGUGCGCUUCGACGCCCGCUGCUCUGGCAGGCCCUAUCCUGAGGUCACUUGGUACAUCAAUGGCCAGCUGGUAGUAGACGAUGCCACCCACAAGGUUUUAGUUAACGAGGCAGGUAAUCACUCCCUCAUGAUCAGCAAGGCUUCCCUUAGCGAUGCCGGCGUCAUCACCUGCGUCGCCAAGAACAAGUCUGGCGAAGCCAACUUCCAGUGCCAGCUUAACGUGCUGGAGAUGCAGCAGAUGGUCGCCCCCAAAUUCGUGGAGAGAUUCCAGCAGGGCGCCGUGGCCGAGGGAGAGACGGUUGUCCUUCAGUGCCGCGCCGUCGGGACUCCCAUGCCCUUCCUCACAUGGCAGAAGGACGGAGUCUCCGUUGAGAAUAACCCCAAUGUCAUGGUUCAGAGUGACCAGAACGGCGCCUCGACACUGCAGAUCCUGAGCGCCAGCGGCUCUGACGCCGGCUGGUAUCAGUGCAAUGCUCAGAACUCCGCCGGCUCCGCGGCCACCCGCGCCCGUCUCCACGUACAGACCACCAAGCCUUCUGGCCCCGCCCAACCCCAGAGGCCCCACUUCCCAAGGCCCGUCAAAUUCAUCGAACCUGAACCCGAACCCGAACCUGAGGUGAUCAUGCUGCGCCCCGUCGAGAGGGCCCACCACGUGCCUAAGGCCCCCGAGGAGGAGCAGCCCGUUGAACCCCCCAAGUUCACCCAUCCCCUGAGGGAUAUCGACAUCGUCGAGGGCACCCGCGCCCACUUCGAGGCCAAGGUGACCCCCGUCGGCGACGCCACCAUGAACGUCGAGUGGCUCAUUGACGGCAAGCCCCUUGCUGCCAGCUCCCGAGCGACUGUCACUUACCGCUUCGGCUUCGUGGCCCUUGACAUCCUCAACGUAAUCAAGGCUGACGCUGGCGUGUACACCUGCCGCGCCACCAAUGCCAAGGGGCAGGCCGAGACUUCCGCUAAUCUUAGGAUUACAGAGCGCCCCCUGAUUGAGAGCCAGACUCAGCACCCCGAGGCGCUGCAGCAGAUCAGCUACCUGGAGGACCAGUCCAGGUACCAGCGCACCGUCUCCAUCGAGGAAUCUUCCACGAUCAAGCCCUCCUUCGUCAAGCCUCUCGCCAACCUGGGCGAAGUCAUGGAGGGAAAAUAUGCUCAUUUCGAGGCUCAACUUCACCCUGUCAGCGACCCCUUCAUGAGGAUCGAAUGGUUCAAGGAUGGAAAACCCAUCACUGCCAGCUCUCGCAUCAAUGUAAUCUACAACUUCGGUUACGUGGCUCUUAACAUCAUGCAUCUUCGUCCCGAGGACAGCGGCACCUACACCGUGCGUGCCACCAACAAGGCAGGAGAGUGCCAGUGCCAGGCUUCCAUUCAAGUUAUAACUCUGUCCAGCGUCACAGGAGACCUUGGCAUCCCCGAGCAGGCUCAGCACAUCAGGAGUGUUGAGGAGAUGGAGGCUUACAGGCUCCAAAUGCAACAGAGAACUGCUCAGGAAAUUGCGGAGGCUACUACUGCCCCCGUAUUCAAGACAGAGCUCAAGGACGCCACGGCUCGGGAGGGCGGCUAUGCCCACUUCGAGGCCCGCUUGGAGCCCAUUGGUGAUCCUAACCUCAAGGUCGAGUGGCUGAAGGAUGGACGACCCAUUGAAGCAAGUUCUCGUAUCACAUCUUUCUUCAACUUUGGCUAUGUUGCCUUGACUGUGAAGGCCCUUAUUAUCAAGGACGCAGGAACCUACACCUGCGUUGCCAAGAACAGCAAGGGUGAGGCUCAGGUCACUGCUCAGCUCACUGUCCUCUCCAAGACUGAUACUGAGGUAGAGACUCAGUACCAGGAAACGGUUGCUAAGAUGCAAUACUUGGAGGACUCCACCCGCUACCAGAAGACAGAGACUGAGGAGACAUCCGCGGUCACAAUACCCCCCAAGUUCUUGGGUCCCCUCAAGGGAACCAACAAGAUUGUUGAGGGACAGAAGGCUCACUUCGAGAUCCGCCUUGAGCCCCAGAGUGACCCAACCAUGACCGUUGAGUGGUAUUUCAAUGGCCAGGUGAUCAUGUCUGCUUCUCGCAUCAAGACCUACCACGACUUCGGCUACGUGUCACUUGACAUUUCUGAUGUCCGUCAGUCUGAUGCUGGUCAGUACACCGUCUUGGCCCGCAACGCUCUCGGCCAGGCACAGAUGUCCAGCGUCAUGACCGUUGAGACACGCUCGGCCAUCGACACAACUUCUAUGCAUGAAGUGACGCUGAGCAAGACCAGUGCGAUGGAACGUCGUCAUCAGGAGCCUCAGUAUGACAUUGAGGAGAUUUCAAGGUCCAAGCCUGAAUUCACGCAGCUUCUGUCUGACCCCAAGCCCUUGCCAGAGGGUAAGAAUGUCCACCUGGAAGCUCGUUUGGAACCCAUGAACGACCCAACCAUGAAGGUCGAAUGGUUCUUCAAUGGAAAGCCUAUCACUAUUGGUUCCCGCUUCAAGACCUACUUCGAUUUUGGCUUCGUCGCUCUCGAUAUUAUCGGAGCUUACACCACUGACUCCGGCGAGUACACGUGUCGCGCCGAAAACAUGCUUGGCAGCGCACACACUUCUUCCUGUGUUCGCGUCAUUGGAACCGGCGACGUUCUCUCUGAAUCCAUGCACGACAACGCCAUGGAGCAGAUCCAUUACCUGGAGGACGCUUCACGCCACCAGCGCUCCAUGCAAGAGCAAACAGAGAUCAAUGAAGCCCCCACAUUCGUCAAGUCCCUGAAGAACAUUGAGACCAUUGAAGGCACCAACAUUCAUCUUGAGGCCCGCCUGAAGCCUGUAGGAGAUUCAUCCAUGAGGAUCGAUUGGUUCUUCAAUGAUGAACCACUUAAAGUUGGACAUCGUUUCAGGCCUGCAUAUGAUUUCGACUAUGUAGCCCUGGAUCUUCUGAGUGUGUAUCCUAUAGACUCCGGCAUUUAUACUUGCAGGGCUACUAACAAACUCGGACAGGCUGUCACCUCAGCUUCGGUCAAAGUCACGGCCAAGAAGGAUCUAGUGUUCGACUCAGAGCACCCAGAUAGUCUGCAGAAACUUCAGUACCUCGAUGAUAGUUCACGGUACCAAAGGCGAGAAACCAUGGAGGAAGUUUCCGUGAAAAUCAAGCCCCGUUUCCUCACCCAACUAAAGAGCGUGACGCUGAAGGAGGGCAUGAACGCACACUUCGAGGCCAAGAUCGAACCCAUCACCGACCCGAACCUCAGGAUUGACUGGUACAGGAACGGAAUGCCGAUCCAGCUUGGCUCGCGUUUCCGCCUCAUCCACGACUUUGGCUACGUGGCUUUAGAUAUCUCGCGCGUGAUCGAGGAGGACUCCGGCACGUACACUUGCGUGGCGACCAACUUGAUGGGCAAAGAUGAAAUCACGGCCGACCUGAAGGUUCUGAAUUCUGCGAGCAUCGUGAUGGAGUCCCAGAACCAGACCAUGACGAUGGAGCAGCUGCAGAUGCUGGAGGACCGCAGCAAGUACUCCCGCACCGAGCAGGUCGAGGAGACCACCAAGCAGGCUCCCGUCUUCACCUCUUCCCUGAAGAAUAUCGAGAUCCUUGAGGGCCAGCGCGCCCACUUCGAGCUGAAGCUCAUUCCCACCUCCGACCCGACCAUGAAGGUGGAGUGGUUCCAUAACAACGUGCCCGUAAAGAGCGGUUCUCGCUUCACCGAGUACAACGACUUCGGCUUCGUGGCUUUGGACAUCAUGUACUGCUACGCCGAGGACUCUGGCACUUACACCUGCGUGGCCACCAACUGCAUGGGCCAGGCCAUGUCCACUGGCAACCUCGUGUGCCAUACGAAGGAAACCAUCCUGUCAGACACCAUGAACCAGGAGGCCAUGAGCAAGAUCUCCCGCCUGGAAUCCUCUCGCACCCAGCGAACCAUCACCACCGAGGAGAUCACCAUGCAGGCCCCUGUGUUCACCGCUCCCCUCAGGGACCAGCAGCUCAUCGAGAACGCUCCUCUCCACUUCGAGGCUCGUCUCAUUCCCGUCGGCGACCCCGACCUCAAGGUCGAAUGGUUCAAGAACAACGUGCCAAUCCAGCAGGCGAACCGCAUUUCCACCAUGCACGAUUUCGGCUACGUCGCCCUCGACAUGAAGUACGUCAACCCAGAGGACUCCGGCACCUACACCUGCCGCGCCACCAACCGGCUGGGGCAGGCCGUCACCACCGCCUCCCUCGUCGUGACGUCCAAGGAAGCCCUUCUCUUGGACACCCAGCACAGCGAAGCCCUGGAGAAGCUCCGUUAUCUCGAAGACUCCUCCCGCUACACCAAGUCCACCACCGAAGAGACCGUCAUCACCCAGGCGCCCAAGUUCGUGGUGAAGCUCUCGGGCCUGACCAAGCUGUGGGAGGGCCAGAGCGCCCACGUCGAGUGCCGCCUGGAGCCCUACCCCGACCCUAGCAUGAAGGUCGAGUGGUUCCACAACGGCCAGGCUCUUCAGGUUGGCCACAGGUUCAGGACAAUGUACGACUUCGGCUUCUGCGCCAUGGACAUCCUGCAGGCGGUGGCUGAGGACUCUGGCACCUACGAGGUCAGGGCUACCAACCGCAUCGGAACAGCUACGUCAUCAAUUACCAUCGAAGUUAAGCCCAAGAGCGACUUCAUUGUGGAGACUCAACACCCAGAGGCCAUGGCCAAGAUCACCAGGCUGGAGCAGAAGGCGCCCCACAGGCUGCCUGAGGACGCCGUGGUGAUCGAGAAGCCCAACUUCGGUCGCCCUCUGAGGAACCAGGACCAUCUGAUUGAGGGCCAGUCCAUCCACAUGGAGGCUACCCUCACCCCUGUCAACGACCCUACCAUGAAGGUCGAAUGGUUCUUCAACGGACAGCCCAUUCCCCAAGGCCAUCGCUUCCGCACAACCUACGAUUUCGGUUUCGUGGCCCUGGACAUCCUGUACGCAUACCCCGAGGACUGUGGCACGUACAUGUGCAAGGCGACCAACGCCGCAGGCCAGGCCGUGACCUCGUGCAGCAUCAAGGUGGAGGGUACUGGAAGCAUGCAGCUGGGAACUGUGGACGAAGAGCGCAUGCGCAAGAUUCGUCAGCUGGAAGCCAUGGGCCACAAGGCCGAGGAAAUCAAGGACCAGGUCUUCCAGAAGCCAGUGUUCACCACUCCUCUCAACAGCGUGGAUAACCUGGUUGAGGGCGAGCGCUGCCAUCUGGAGUGCCGCCUUGAACCCAUCAACGACCCUGACCUCAAGGUCGAGUGGUUCGUCAAUGGCGUGGAGAUCAAGGCUGGCCACAGGUUCCGCACCACCCACGACUUCGGCUACGUUGCCUUGGACAUCCUGUAUUCCUAUGCCGAGGAUUCCGGCACUUACCUCUGCAAGGCCACCAACAAGAUGGGCGAGGCUGUUAAUUCUUGCAAUGUUACAGUUUCUGCUCGCCGCUCCAUCUACCUGGACACUCAGCACCCGAUGGGCUGGGAGAAGAUCCAGAGUCUGGAACAUCGUGGCCGCUACGAGCGCAUCGAAGUCUCUGACGUGCCCAUGCAGCCACCACGAUUCACAUCUGAGCUCAGGGCCAAUAACACCUUGCUUAACGAGGGCCAGCACGUGCACUUGGAGGGCCGCGUCGAGCCCGUGCACGACCCGAGCAUGAGGGUCGAGUGGUACCACGAGGGCAAGGCUCUGCAGUCGGCCGCUCGCUUCCACACCACCUUCGAUUUCGGUUACGUCGCUCUGGACAUCACCACCGUGUACGCCGAAGACUCUGGCGAGUACACCUGCCGCGCCUUCAACCACAUGGGCGAGGCUCAGUCCUCCGUUUCCUUCAAGGUGGAAGGCAAGGAGGGCGUGAUCACGGAAUCCGCCCGUCCUGAGGGCCUCGAGAAGAUCCGCGAGUUGGAGGACUCCGCUCGCGUUGGACGACAGGUGUCAGAGGAAGUACGCACCUUCCAGCGCCCUGUGUUCACUCAGCCUCUGCAGAACCUGGACAACCUCACAGAGAACGAGACCGCCCACUUCGAGUGCCGUCUCAUCCCCGUCGGGGAUCCCAACCUCAAGGUUGAAUGGUUCAGGAACGAGAAGCCCAUCGAGACCAGCUCACGUAUCAACCGCACCCACGACUUCGGCUACGUGGCCCUUGACAUCACUGGCGUACGAGCUGACGACGAAGGCAUCUACAUGUGCCGCGCCUACAACGAUCUUGGGGAAGCUGUCACCACAGCUUCCAUCAAGAUCAAAUCUCACGCCACCAUCCAAAUGGAGACGCAGCAUCCAGAAGGCAUGAAAAAGAUUCAGGCUCUGGAGGACCGCAAACCUGCUGGUCGUGGCGAUGAAGCCGAUAAGGUUUACGAAAAGCCAGUAUUCACGGCCACCCUGGCUGGACCCGCCCAGAUCAUGGAGGGCCAGAGUGCUCACUAUGAGUGCCGUGUAGUGCCGGUGGGUGACCCCAAUAUGAGGUACGAGUGGUACUGCAACGGCGUCGAGCUCAAGAUGGGUUCAAGGUUCAAGACCACCAGUGACUUCGGAUACGUGACGCUGGACAUCCUUCAGUGCGUCGCUGAGGACUCGGGUGUCUACAUGUGCAAGGCCAUCAACCUGGCUGGAGAAGCCGUCAGCUCCUGCUCCACCAGGGUUCUGGCCAAGGACAGCAUCCUGGGCGACGUCCUUCACCCAGGCUGGGAAACUAUCAAGCUCCGCGAGGCUCAGUGGAACCGCGUGCCCCAGACGCCAACCUCCCCCGAGGCUCUGGAGCCGCCCAUGUUCACUAAGCACCUGGAGAGCCAAGAGCGCCUGCAGGAAAGUGGCACCGUGCGACUGGAGGCUCAGGUGCAGCCAGCCAACGAUCCUCAUCUUAGCAUCGAAUGGUUCAAGAACAGCAUCCAGCUCGUUACAGGUACUCGUAUCCGUAGUACCUUUGACUUCGGUCACGUGACCCUGGAGAUCUCAGGACUGCGCGAGGACGACUCUGGUAUCUACACUUGCAAGGCCGUCAACCGCGUGGGAGAAGCAGUCUCAACCUGCAACAUCAAGGUCUUCGGCCGCGACUGGCUGAUCGGCGAGUCCAUGCACCCCGAGGCCCUGUCCAAGAUUGCGAAGCUCGAACAGCCCACCGCUGGCCCCGGCUCUCCCGAUGAGCCCACCUUUGACGUGCCGGUGUUCAUCUCGCACUUGAACAAUGUGGAAUGUCGCGAGGGAGACACCGCUCACUUCGAGUGCAAGGUUCAGCCAUGCAGUGACCCAACAAUGAAGAUCGAGUGGUUCAUCAACGGCAAACCAAUGCAGGCAGCCGCACGUUACCAGGCCACCUACGACUUUGGAUUCGUGUCCCUCGACUGCACUCAUUGCUACGCCGAGGAUUCCGGCAUCUACAUGUGCCGCGCCACGAACGCCAAGGGCUCAGCCACUACCACUGGCACACUGACGUGCAUCAGCAAGGCCAACCACGACACCCAGCACCCGCAGGGCAGAGCUGGCCUUGAGGCAGUGGAGGAAGCCGAGCGUGCCUACUGGGCCAAGUACCAGAGGCAGAUGUCUGAACGUGAAGUCUCCUACCCGAAGCCCUUCUUUGUCAGGCCUCUGCAGACCAACUUCUCCCUCAAUGAGAACCAGGCUCUGCAUAUGGAGGCCAACGUUGAGCCCAAACAGGAUCCUGAUCUUAAGAUCGAAUGGUUCUUGAACGGCAAGAUUCUGGAACAGGCAUCGCGCUAUAAGACGAGCUACGACUUCGGUCUUGUCACCCUUGACCUCAGUGACGUCUACGAGCGUGACCAGGGUAUCUACACCUGCCGCGCCUACAACAAGGCAGGAGAAGCCUUCUGCACCACCACCGUCGUUGUGGUCGGCAAGGAUGUCCUCAUCGAGGGCACUCAGCAUCCUGCUGGCGAAGCUGGCCUCGAGGCUAUCCAUCGCAUGGAGAACAAGCUCCGCCGCGACGACCGCGCUCUCCCCGACGAGGAGGGCCACCCGCCCGUCUUCACCGUCCCCUUCAAGGACCUGAGCAACAUGGAGGAGGGUGAGAUCGCUCACUUCGAGGCCAUGCUCACCCCCGUCGGCGACGAGUCCAUGAAGGUCGAAUGGUUCUUCAAGGGCGAGGCGCUCAAGGCUUCCCAUCGCGUCCGCACAGUAUACGCUUUCGGCAUGGUUGUGCUUGAGAUCCUUACAAUCUCCGACAGCGGAGAGUAUACUUGCCGUGCAUCCAACAAGUGGGGUAAGGCUGAGUGUUCCGUAACCCUUGAGUGCGUCGACCGCGCUCAUGGUCAGCCUCCGCGCUUCACCACUCACAUCCAGAACCUGGAGGGACUCAAGGACGGCGACUCCGCCCACUUCGAGUGCACUCUGGUCCCCAUUGGUGAUCCCAACAUGAAGGUCGAAUGGUUCCACAACGGCGAACCGCUCCGCAACGCUACACGCAUCAAGACCGUCAGCGAUUUUGGCUUUGUCGUCCUGGACAUUGCCUACCUGCAGAACCACGAUGCCGGCGAAUGGAUGUGCAAGGCCUCCAACAAGUAUGGCGAAGACACUACCAAGGCAUUCCUGAACUGCUAUGGAAAGGGAGGUGUCUACACAGAGUCACUGCAGCCCGGCUCGCUCGACAAGAUUGCAGCUCUGGAGGGCCAGAAGGCUGGAAUGCAGGCUCCCACCACCCCUGCGGCAGCCGAGCCUCCCAAGUUCAUCACUCAGAUCGCCAACAUCGAACGUCUGGUUGAGGGACAGAGCGCUCACUUCGAGGCGCGCCUGAAGCCCGUGAAUGAUCCCAACCUUGUUGUUGAGUGGUAUAAGGAUGGCAAGAAACUUCCUUCUGGCCAUCGCUACAGGACCUUCCAUGACUUUGGCAUUGUUAUCCUGGACAUUCUGUACUGCUACGAGGAAGACUCAGGCGUGUAUGAGGCCCGGGCUGUCAACAAGCUUGGCGAGGACAAGACAACUGCUACCCUGAAGUGCCUUAGCAAGACCAACCUCAUCCUCACACCUCAGGUGCCCAAGGGAAUGGAAGGCGGCCUUCAGAAGCUCCAGACCUUGGAGGACACUGCCUGGAUGCGUCGCGAGUCCGUCACAUCUGAGAGAGUGGGCAUGGCACCCAAGUUCACUGUUCCUCUAAAUAACAUUGACAACAUGAAGGAGGGAGAGAAUGCUCACUUCGAGGCCCGCCUUGUGCCAACCGAUGACCCUCGCCUGAAGGUCGAAUGGUACUGGAAUGGAAAGCCCAUGAAGUACAGCUCUCGUAUCCGUCAGUUCUGUGACUUCGGCUUUGUAAUCAUGGAGGUUUCCCCAGUUUACCCUGAGGAUUCUGGUGAGUACAUGUGCCGUGCUUACAAUGACUAUGGUGAGGCUGUCACAAAGGCUUAUCUGAAGUGCGAGGGUAAGCGCUCUGUCAUUCUCGAAAGUCAGCUUCCUAAGUCCAUGCAGAAGGGCAUGGAAAGGAUUGCUGAACUGGAAGGCCUCAUGAUCAAAUCACCCGAUAUGGGCACUCCAUCCGACUCUGGGCAGCCACCACAGUUCGUGACACAGCCUCAGGAUUGCACCAUCCUUGAGAACCAGCUGGCGCACUUCGAGUGCCGCCUCCUGCCAGUGGGCGAUCCUUACCUCCGUGUAGAAUGGUAUCAUAAUGGACGCCCACUGAGGGCUGGGUCUCGCAUCAAGACCAUCAAUGACUUUGGUUACGUCAUUCUGGAACUCGCUGGUUGCUAUUCCAAUGAUUCUGGAACUUACACUUGCAGGGCGGUCAAUAAGCAUGGCGAGGCUUCCGUCGAAUGUAAGCUGGUUGUUUCCAGCAAGAGUGGAAUUAUCCUUGAUCCCCAGGCAACUAGUAAGUUCAAGGGAUGCACCGAGUCCAUCCAGAAACUGGAAGAGAGUAUGUACAAGAAGGAGAGGGCUCCCGAUGAGGAGGAGAAGCCGUGCCCACCAAACUUCGUCACUCAGCUGGAGAACAUCACCGACCUGGUUGAGGGACAACCUGCUCACUUCGACUGCCGUGUCGAGCCUGUGGGAGACCCAACCAUGCGCAUUGAAUGGUUCCAUAAUGGUAUGCCACUUGCUGCUGGCUCUCGUGUACACAUGAUGGAUGACUUCGGCUUUGUCGUCCUUGAUCUGGAAUGGACCUUCGCCCGUGACACUGGCGAGUACAUCUGCCGUGCCACGAACAAGUGGGGCCAGGCAACCACCAAGGCCACGCUCAAUGUCCGCUCUAAGCACGGCGUUGACCUCAGCACGCAGCUGCCUCAGGGCAUGACCGCUGAGAAGCUGAAGGAGCUGGAGCGCGGACCUCUCACUGAGAAGUACGACGCUGACGCCGAGAUGACGCCCCCCAAGUUCACCGUCCCCAUCAAGAGCCAGAGCAUGCAGGAGGGAGAGCGCGCGUUCUUCGAGGCCCGCGUUGAGCCACGUAAUGAUCCUAAUCUGCGUAUUGAAUGGUACCACAACGGCAAGCCUCUGCAGUCCGGUCACCGCUUCAGGACCAAUUUCGAGCUGGGCCAUGUGACCCUCGAGCUGCUUCACACUUACGCCGAGGACUCCGGUGAAUACGUCUGCCGCGCCUACAACAAGCUCGGACAGGACAUCACCAGGGCUUCUCUUAAAUCCAAGGCCGGCCAGUCCGUGGUGCUCCAGUCGCAGGUGCCAAAGGGCAUGAAGACAGGCCAGGACUUCGCCUCGCAGAUGGAGGAAACUCUCAAGAAGUAUUGCAAGGAUGUCAUGCUGACACAGGAAGACAUUUACGAGCCCGAGAAGAGGCAGCCACCUCGCUUCGUGACUCACAUCAAGGACGUGAGGGAUCUCCAGGAAAUGGCAGAGACCAAGUUCGACUGCCAGCUGGCUCCUGUCGGCGAUCCGAACAUGAAGGUCGAAUGGUUCUUCAAUGGCCGUCCUCUGCCCUACAAGAACCGCUUCACCCCCAUCUACGACUUCGGCUACGUCGCCCUGGUCAUGAACUGGGUGUUCGGCGAGGACUCCGGCGAGUACCUCUGCCGCGCCACCAACAAGUGGGGCAUGGACGAGACCCGCGCCACCCUCAAGGCCACAGGGCGCCCCGGUGUCAUCUACGAUUCCCAGAUCCCCAAGGGCAUGCAGUCCCUCGAGAAGAUCAGGGAGCUCGAGGCAUCCUGGUCACAUACCCACGAAUCCCAGGUGGACGAGGAGAAGCCACGCGUGAAGCCCGAGGUUCUGAAGAAGCCCGAGAGCUUGGUGGUGCAGGAGGGCGACUGGGCCCGCUUCAGCGUCCGCAUCUCUGGCUAUCCCAAGCCACGAGUCAUGUGGAUCGUCAACGGUUCCACUGCCAUGAGCGGUAACCGCUUCAAGAUCUGGUACGACGGGCUGUUCCACCUCGACAUCCCCAAGACCCGCCAGUACGACAACGGCAAGGUCGAGGUCAUCUGCCGCAACUCCCUGGGCGAGUGCUACGCCUGCUGCGACCUCAAGGUGAUGCCGCGCCAGGACGACUACCGCGCCGUCCUCAAGAAUUCACCCAAACCCUGGUAUGACUAUGACCUCAAGAGUUACCAGAAGGAACGCCAGGAAACUGAGCUUGACCGUGUCUUCGAGGAGAGAAUCGACAGCGAUUAUUCAAUCCUCCACGAAUCCAAAUUCGGCGAAUACAUGGCCAGACCAGUCGAUAAGACUGAAGAAACCGAGUGGCAGAAACUCGCUCGUGAGAAGAACGCAGGAGAAAAGAUUAAGCAGCUGGAGGACACGAGGAGGGUGAACCGCAAGAACAAGGACGUGAAGAUGUUCGCCUCUCCGCUCGAGCACGCGGCCCAGCACUCCCUGGCGAAGGGCAUGGCAUCUCGCUACGAGGAGCAGCUCGACACAGUGUCUGCCAAACAGCAGCAGCCGCUUCAAAGGCCUAAGAGGAUAUUAAGGGAGACCAAGGACGUGCGCCAUGAGCAGCAGUACCCGCCGAGGGAGCCCGAGCCCUCCGAGUCGACUGUGCACGGCAAGGAGAUCCACACUGCCACUCAGAAGCAGACUCAGAAGGAGAUCCAGGGAGACCUUGAGAUCACUCGUAAGAUCACGGCCACAGAGACCACUGAGAUGGAACACACCGGCAAGACCACAGAGCGCAUUGUCGAAGGGCCUCCCCAGAAGCCCGCCAAGGCUCCGUUCUUCACUAGGAAGAUCCAGCCAUGCCGCGUCUUCGAGAGAGAACGUGCCCGCUUCGAGGUGGAGUUCGACGGCGAUCCCAACCCCACGAUCCAGUGGUAUCGCGAGGACUUCCCUAUCACGAGCUCCCCAGACUUCCAGAUUCAUACCUUCGGCGAUAAGAGCAUCCUCAUGAUCCGCGAAGUCUUUAUGGAAGACUCUGGUGUGUUUGCCGUCGUGGCGGAGAACAGGGGAGGCCGUGCGAAGUGCUCGGCAAACUUGGUGGUCGAGGAGCGCAAGCAGAGGGGCGCUGGCGCUGUGCCCCCCAGCUUCUACCAGACCAUCCAGGACACCUUCUCGCAGCCAGGCAACCUCGUGAGGCUCGACGCCAAGAUCUCUGGAACGCCGCCGAUCGACAUCUAUUGGCUCAAGAACGGACGUAAGCUAAUCCAAGACAUGCAUUACAAGAUGGUCAAGGACCAGGACACUUACACAUUGCUCAUCAUCGAGGCAGUGGCCGAAGACAGCGGCUCAUACGAAUGUGUAGCCAUUAACAAGGCCGGUGAGGCUCGCUGCCAGGCUACAGUGGAGGUAGCUGGUCCUCGCCCUGCGCAGGCACCGAAGACACCCACCACACCUGCCGGAGCCACCCAGGCCCCCACCAUUGUACGGAAAUUGCAGUCACAUAUUGUACAAGAAGGACAGCCCGCCACCUUCGAGUGCGUCGUGUCAGCAACACCUCAACCCAAGGUGCAGUGGAUGAAGGGCAAGGAACCCAUCAAACAGAGCAAGUACUUCACCAUGACAUCAGACGGCGAAGAGCAUUGCCUAAAGAUCUCUGAAGCCUUCCCUGAGGAUGAGGGCAACUACUACUGUAUCAUUUCCAAUACCAUCGGCAAGGUCACUCUAGAGGCUAACCUGCAGGUGGUACAGCCCCAGCAAGCAGAGUUGGCUCCCAGUAUUGCUCCCUUGGAAGAUGUAACAAUUGAAGAAGGCGAAGGUGUUCGUUUUAACACUGUCGUGAUUGGAUCUCCCAUGCCCAGCGUGCAGUGGUACCGAGAAGGUGCUCUUAUACCACACUCCAGGGACUUCGAGAUGUUCAUGGAGGGCAACACCGCCGUCCUGGACAUCAAGCUGACUUACCCGGAGGACACCGGCAUCUUCACCUGCCGUGCCACCAACUCUGCGGGGCAGGCAGAGACCUCCGCCAUGCUCACGGUUAAAAGUGUUUAUAGAGAGGAGGAAGACUCUAUCCGACGCACCAGCAGGAGAGAUGAGCGAGAGUCAAGAAAAUAUAGAUGGGUAUCUCCAAGUCCAGCCAGAUGGUUCUCCCGAAGUCCAGCACGACCGGGAGACGGCAAGCAGACGACCGAAGAAGAGUUAGAGAGGAAGAAGAGAGAAAAGGCGCCAUGGCUUUAUGAAAAGCCAAAAGAAGAUAUAGGAUUGGCUGCUCGGAAAUUGAAGAAAUCAACUGACAGAAAGUUGGAACCGAAAGGACCAGAGAAACUAACAAUUCCUAAGGUCGAAUUGAAAAAAUCUCAGCCAAAGAAAAUGUCUCCUGAGGAGAUGAAACUUGAGAGAGUUGAACUGACACACGUUGAAAAGCACAAGAAAGAUGACAGCGUGAAAGAUACAGAGGACUGGAGUUCUGACUCAGAGUAUGAUCUCUAUGAGUUUGAUAGCGUUUCAGAGACUGAAGUUAUUGACCGAGAAGAGUAUGAAAGACAGAGAACAGACACCAAAAGAAAAGGAAAGGUACAAUUAGAAAAGGAGAGAUAUCAGCGUAAAACAAGAGGUAAGAAGGGAUUAAAGGACGGCAAAGAAUCAUCCUUUGGCAGACGACGGCUAAAACCUGAUGAAGAGUCCACAGAACAGAUUCAACUUGGGCGAAGAAAACAUCUUCCAAAACCUGAGGAAGAAGAAGGUGAGAAGCCUCAGUUAAAACCGGUUCCCAAAAGGAAGCCAAGGGAGGAAGAAAAAGAUACUCAGGAUGAUCAGGUUCCUUCAUGGAGAGCGAGGAGGAUUCCUCAUAAGGAUGGCGAAAAAGAGGAAGUAACAUUGAAACCUUUCCAAAAGGAAAAAGAAGAUAAGCCGGUUGAAGGAAAGGCUCUUGACACUUACACAGUAUCCGAUACCAAAUAUGAUACUGACAAACGAAUUUUAACAGAUGAAGAAAUUAAAGAGGACGAGGAAUAUCCCAAGAGGCCAGGCAAACGUCUUCCAAAAGAAAAGGUACAGCCAGAAAAGUUUGUGCUUCCUACAGUUCAGCUGAAGAAAACGCACAGAACAAAAUUGGUUCCAGACGAAAAUCAGCUGGAGAAGGUAGAUCUGAAGCCUGUGGAAAAACAAAGCAUGGCUGGACCUGAUAAAGAGAAGCAUGAGUCCACCGAAGACAUAGAAAGGUAUCGCCCCAGUGAAAUCAAGGAUGAACCUGUACAACUAGAUAGAUGGGGUAGACCUGUCAAACCAAGACCGAAACUAAAGGGAGAACAACACACAGAAACCACAACACCCAUCAUCAAUGAUUUAGAAAAAACGAAAGAUGAAAUUCAACCAAAGGCAAGAGGCGACAGAAAAACAACAGAGGAACAAGAUGAGGAGCCAGAAGUGCCUUCUUGGCGAAGAAAGAGGAUUGUGCCAAAAGAGCAGGAGAAGGAGGAGGUAGUUCUGAAACCAUUUGAGAAGCAGAAACCUGAGAAAAAGGAGCAACAUCGUCAGCCAUAUGAACCCAUGUCAUCAGACUUUACUCAGCCUGAAAAAUCCAGCACUGAGCCACAUGAAGCAGACACUACUGACAAAGAACCCCUUAAAGAUAAGAGGCCUAUGCCAAGUCAAGGAGAAACAAGUGCAUUCCCCACAGAUGAGGAGAAGCCGACGCAACGAAAACCAGGUAGAAGGAUUCCAUUUGAAAAACCAAAGGAGGAAUUCUCAAUACCUCAAGUAACACUCAGAAAGACUGUUCCCAAAAAAUUUGUACCCGAAGAAGUAAAGCUGGAAUCAGUCGAUCUUGAUCAUGUUGAAAAGAAACAGAAACCUAAAGCUGCAAGAGAAAGACGAGAAUGGAGUCCAUUGCCCGACCAAGAACCUUAUGCUCCUGAAGAAAUACCAGAUGGAAUUCCUGUUGAUCUUGAUAAGUAUGAGAAGGAUGAUUAUCCAACAAAGACAGACGAAGGCAGAGAGCAAGAGAAAGACAGAUAUGAAAGGAAACCAAAGGAUAAAUUUGAGACUGAGGAGCAAAAGAAAUUGAAGCUUGGAAAGGGCAAGAAAAAGCCAGAGGAGGAAGAGGAGCUCAUUAAAAUGAAACCUGGAAAACGUCUACCAAAGCCCCCAGAGGAAGAAACGGAAAUGCCUCAAUUGAAACCAAUACCGAAGAAGAAGAUGGAACCAGAGGAAAAGGAGAAAACAUCUCUGAAACCUGGAAAGAGACCCUCCAAAGAACUUCCAGAACGGGAGCCAGUAGAGCUUGAACCUUUUGAAAGAACCCAAACAGAAAUACCAGACAAGGAAGACGUGAAACUGGGAAAGCCGCACAAGUUCCCACCAUAUCAGAAAGACUCGGCCCCAACAAAACCUGAGGCUAAACCAUCUGAUGACAAAAUUGCUGAGCCAAAAGAAGAAGUAAAAUCUAGGAAAGAUAAAGAUAAACCCGAAAAGAAGGACGAACCUGCAGAUGUCCCACCAUGGAGAGUAAAAAGAGUUCCUCCAAAAGAAGAAGAAAAAGAGGAAGUUGUAUUAAAACCUUUCAAAAAGGACAAACCAAAAGAGCCAAAGCCAUCUCCAAAAUAUACACCCGGUAAACCUUAUCAACCUGAAAUUCCUGAACCUGAUGAAACUCCUCUUGAACCUUAUGGUAAGCCAGAAAAAGAGAAGAUACCUGAGGGAUUCCAACAGCCCCAGGAUAAACAAGAAAAAGAAGUACAUUUGCCUGAUAAAGAGAAACCAGCAGAACCUGGCAAAGUACAGCUAAAGCCGGCAAGACGUCAGCAGAGAGAAGCACCGCCGAAAGAAGAAUUUGUGAUUCCUAAAAUUCCCCUUCGAAAGACUAAACAGAAUGUGUUUGCACCAGAGGAAGUGAAGCUCGAAGAUGUCCAGCUUGAUCAUGUUGAAACACCCGAAGUGAUUGAACCUGAGAGAGAGAAGCGCCAAUGGAGUCCUUUGCCGGAGUAUGACACUUAUGAACCCGAGGAAAUUCCUGAUAAAGAACCUGUUGAGCUGGAAGAGUAUGAGAAGUAUGUAUCUCCAGAGAAAAAGAAGGACGGAAAGGAGCCAGGAAAGGAUAAAUACAAGCGCAUUCCAAAGGAUAAACCCGAGCCUGAAGAGGAGAGGAAAUUAAAACUUGGAAAAGGUCGUCCAAAGCCAGAGGAAGAAGAAGAAGACAAAAUUAAGUUUAAGCCUGCCAGACGCUUGCCGAAAGAGGAGGAAGAGACUGAGAAACCUCAGUUGAAACCCAUUCCCAAAAAGAAACCAGAACCCGAAGAGAAGGAGAAGGCUCCUCUUAAACCCGGAAAGAGACCUCCUAAAGAUCUUCCCGAACGUGAACCAGUGGAACUGGAACCGUUCGAGCGAACCAAGCCAGAAAUUCCCGAGAAGGAAAAAGUGAAACUGGAGGAACCAUCGAAGCCUGAGCCCAAGCCAAAAGAACGUGUUCCAUCUGAGCCAGAGGCUCCUAAACCAAAGGAAGAGGAGAAACCAUCAGAGGAAGAGCCAAAGGCCAAGAAAGAGCGAACGAAACCUGAAAAGAAAGAGGAGGAACCUGAAGUUCCUUCCUGGAGAGGAAAGAGACUUCCUCCUCCAAAGGACGACAAGGAAGAGGUGGUUCUGAAGCCCUUCAAAAAGGAGAAGCCCACAGAACCGAAGCCUACUCCAAAACGGAAACCAGGAAAACCAUACGAGCCUGAGAUUCCAGAACCUGAGAGACCACCCUUGGAACCUUAUGAGAAACCAGAAAGGGAGAAGGAACCGGAGGAAAAGCCAGUCCCUACAAAGCCAGCGGAGGCACCUCAACCAGAAGAGGAACCAGCCAGAAAGCCAAAGAAAGAAAAGACAAAGCCAGAGAAAGAGGAAGAACCUGAAGCACCUUCAUGGAGAAGAAAGAGAAUUCCUCCCAAAGAGGAAGAAAAAGAAGAGAUAGUUUUAAAACCUUUCAAGAAGGAUAAACCAGAAGAACCAAAACCAAGUCCCAAACCCAAACUUGGUAAACCAUAUGAGCCCGAAAUUCCAGAGCCAGAAAAGCCACCCACUGAGCCUAUUACAAAGCUUAAAAAGCAGAAAGUGCCAAAAGAUGUCUCUAAACCAGAAGAAGAGAGACCUGAGGAUAUUGUAGAAGAAUAUGAUAGAAUCUCUGAAAUGCCAGAGAAAGAUCUGAAAGAAGUUUUUGAACCUGAAAAAGGAAAUUUGAAGCCAAAACGGAAACCACUAAAACUCAGCCAGGCACCAGAGGAAUUUACCAUUCCGAAAGUUCAGCUAAAGAAAACGACACAAAAUGUUUUUGUUCCAGAAGAGGUAAAGCUUGAGUCAGUUGAUCUUGAUCAUGUGGAAACACCAGAGAUUAUUGAACCUGAGAGAGAGAAGCGCCAAUGGAGUCCUUUGCCGGAGUACGAAACAUAUGAACCUGAGGAAAUUCCUGAUAAAGAACCGGUCGAGUUGGAGAAAUAUGAAAAGUACAUCCCACCCGAGAAAGAAAGGGAAGAAAAGGAACCAGAGAAGGGCAAAUAUGAGCGCAAACCAAAGGGCAAACCUGAGCCUGAAGAGGAGAGGAAAUUGAAACUUGGAAAAGGUCGUCCAAAGCCAGAGGAAGAAGAAGACAAAAUUAAGUUUAAGCCUGCCAGACGCUUGCCGAAAGAGGAGGAAGAGACUGAGAAACCUCAGUUGAAACCCAUUCCCAAAAAGAAACCAGAACCCGAAGAGAAGGAGAAGGCUCCUCUUAAACCCGGAAAGAGACCUCCUAAAGAUCUUCCCGAACGUGAACCAGUGGAACUGGAACCGUUCGAGCGAACCAAGCCAGAAAUUCCUGAGAAGGAAAAAGUGAAACUGGAGGAACCAUCGAAGCCUGAGCCCAAACCAAAAGAACGUGUUCCAUCUGAGCCAGAGGCUCCUAAACCAAAGGAAGAGGAGAAACCAUCAGAGGAAGAGCCAAAGGCCAAGAAAGAGCGAACGAAACCUGAAAAGAAAGAGGAGGAACCUGAAGUUCCUUCCUGGAGAGGAAAGAGACUUCCUCCAAAGGACGACAAGGAAGAGGUGGUUCUGAAGCCCUUCAAAAAGGAGAAGCCCACAGAACCGAAGCCUACUCCAAAACGGAAACCAGGAAAACCAUACGAGCCUGAGAUUCCAGAACCUGAGAGACCACCCUUGGAACCUUAUGAGAAACCAGAAAGGGAGAAGGAACCGGAGGAAAAGCCAGUCCCUACAAAGCCAGCGGAGGCACCUCAACCAGAAGAGGAACCAGCCAGAAAACCAAAGAAAGAAAAGACAAAGCCAGAGAAAGAGGAAGAACCUGAAGCACCUUCAUGGAGAAGAAAGAGAAUUCCUCCCAAAGAGGAAGAAAAAGAAGAGAUAGUUUUAAAACCUUUCAAGAAGGAUAAACCAGAAGAACCAAAACCAAGUCCCAAACCCAAACUUGGUAAACCAUAUGAGCCCGAAGUUCCAGAGCCAGAAAAGCCACCCACUGAGCCUAUUACAAAGCUUAAAAAGCAGAAAGUGCCAAAAGAUGUCUCUAAACCAGAAGAGAGACCUGAGAAAGUGGUGGAAGAACCAGAGGAAGGGGCCAAAACACCUCAGAAAGAGCCAGAGGAAGAAGUAUCAGAACCAGAGAAGCCAAAAUUAAAACCAAAGAAGCAAUUAAAGAAAUUGUAUGAGCCUCCUGAAGAGUUUUCUAUUCCGAAAGUCCAGCUGAAGAAAACGACACAAAAUGUUUUUGUUCCAGAAGAGGUAAAGCUUGAGUCAGUUGAUCUUGAUCAUGUGGAAACACCAGAGAUUAUUGAACCUGAGAGAGAGAAGCGCCAAUGGAGUCCUUUGCCGGAGUACGAAACAUAUGAACCUGAGGAAAUUCCUGAUAAAGAACCGGUCGAGUUGGAGAAAUAUGAAAAGUACAUCCCACCCGAGAAAGAAAGGGAAGAAAAGGAACCAGAGAAGGGCAAAUAUGAGCGCAAACCAAAGGGCAAACCUGAGCCUGAAGAGGAGAGGAAAUUGAAACUUGGAAAAGGUCGUCCAAAGCCAGAGGAAGAAGAAGACAAAAUUAAGUUUAAGCCUGCCAGACGCUUGCCGAAAGAGGAGGAAGAGACUGAGAAACCUCAGUUGAAACCCAUUCCCAAAAAGAAACCAGAACCCGAAGAGAAGGAGAAGGUUCCUCUUAAACCCGGAAAGAGACCUCCUAAAGAUCUUCCCGAACGUGAACCAGUGGAACUGGAACCUUUCGAGCGAACCAAGCCAGAAAUUCCCGAGAAGGAAAAAGUGAAACUGGAGGAACCAUCGAAGCCUGAGCCCAAACCAAAAGAACGUGUUCCAUCUGAGCCAGAGGCUCCUAAACCAAAGGAAGAGGAGAAACCAUCAGAGGAAGAGCCAAAGGCCAAGAAAGAGCGAAAGAAACCUGAAAAGAAAGAGGAGGAACCUGAAAUUCCUUCCUGGAGAGGAAAGAGGCUUCCUCCUCCAAAGGACGACAAGGAAGAGGUGGUUCUGAAGCCCUUCAAAAAGGAGAAGCCCACAGAACCGAAGCCUACUCCAAAACGGAAACCAGGAAAACCAUACGAGCCUGAGAUUCCUGAACCUGAGAGACCACCCUUGGAACCAUAUAAGAAACCAGAAAAAGAAAAGGUUCCUGAUAGCGCGCCAGAAGAGAAAAAGCCGUCACCAGAGCCUGAAAAGGAAAGUGAAGUGCCAGAGAAACCAGAAGAGCCAGGAAAGGUGAAGUUGAAGCCAAUGAAAAAGCCUAAGAAGCAAGAGGCUCCAGAAGAAUAUACAAUCCCGAAAGUUGAGCUUCGCAAAACAGUACAGAAUGAGUUUGUUCCAGAGGAAGUAAAACUGGAAACUGUUGAUCUUGAUCAUGUGGAAACACCCGAAGAGCCUGAACCUGAGGUUGAGAAAAGGAAAUGGAGUCCACCACCGGAAUAUGAGACUUAUGAACCUGAGGAAAUUCCCGAUAAGGAACCGGUCGAGUUGGAGAAAUAUGAAAAGUACAUCCCACCCGAGAAAGAAAGGGAAGAAAAGGAACCAGAGAAGGGCAAAUAUGAGCGCAAACCAAAGGGCAAACCUGAGCCUGAAGAGGAGAGGAAAUUGAAACUUGGAAAAGGUCGUCCAAAGCCAGAGGAAGAAGAAGACAAAAUUAAGUUUAAGCCUGCCAGACGCUUGCCGAAAGAGGAGGAAGAGACUGAGAAACCUCAGUUGAAACCCAUUCCCAAAAAGAAACCAGAACCCGAAGAGAAGGAGAAGGCUCCUCUUAAACCCGGAAAGAGACCUCCUAAAGAUCUUCCCGAACGUGAACCAGUGGAACUGGAACCGUUCGAGCGAACCAAACCAGAAAUUCCCGAGAAGGAAAAAGUGAAACUGGAGGAACCAUCGAAGCCUGAGCCCAAGCCAAAAGAACGUGUUCCAUCUGAGCCAGAGGCUCCUAAACCAAAGGAAGAGGAGAAACCAUCAGAGGAAGAGCCAAAGGCCAAGAAAGAGCGAACGAAACCUGAAAAGAAAGAGGAGGAACCUGAAGUUCCUUCCUGGAGAGGAAAGAGACUUCCUCCUCCAAAGGACGACAAGGAAGAGGUGGUUCUGAAGCCCUUCAAAAAGGAGAAGCCCACAGAACCGAAGCCUACUCCAAAACGGAAACCAGGAAAACCAUACGAGCCUGAGAUUCCAGAACCUGAGAGACCACCCUUGGAACCUUAUGAGAAACCAGAAAGGGAGAAGGAACCGGAGGAAAAGCCAGCGGAGGAACCAGCCAGAAAGCCGAAGAAAGAAAAGACAAAGCCAGAGAAAGCGGAAGAACCUGAAGCACCAACGUGGAGAAGAAAGAGAAUUCCUCCCAAAGAGGAAGAAAAAGAAGAGGUAAUUUUAAAACCAUUCAAGCAGGAUAAACCAGAAGAACCAAAACCAGAAGAGAAGCCUGAAGACAAGCCAGUCGAGAAACAGAAGAAGCCCAAAAAGACAAAGCCAGAAAAGGUUGAACCAAAGAUCGAAAGACGUGUUGUUACAACGGAAACAGAGGAAAUUAUUGAAGAGGAAACACGGCCAGUUAAGAAAGUUGAUUUGGAGAUCAUAAGAAAAGUGACCGACUCCAAGGAAAUCACUGUCAAGUCACUGAAGCGGGUUCAUCAGAAACCUCGGGAUAUCGAAUUAAUCCCUCCAUUCUUCCCGAAACCCUUAGAAGCAAUCAUUUCCAAACCUGCCCAGAAAACUGUUUUCACUUGCGACAUCAGAGGCCACCCUCCGCCUGACAUCAAGUGGUACUUUAAUAGCAUCGAGCUCCUUCCGACUAAUAAUGUCAAUAUCAGAUACGAAAACAGGAUAUCAACCCUUACUAUCCUUCGCACGACGGAAGAUGAUGAAGGAAUGUAUACUUGCGAGGCGGUGAAUAAGGCGGGGAAGGCGACGACGAUGGCGACACUGAGGCUUGAAGCACGCAGCAAGGACAAGCCCCGGGGCGAGCCGCCCAAAUUCCUCGUGCCACUGCAGCCGCAGAAGGUGAAGCACGGCGAAAAGGUGGUUCUGGAGACCUCCGUCAGAGGCCUCCCAACACCCCGGGUGAUCUGGUAUCACCUUGACAAGGAAGUGGUGCCCUCACCGGAGUUUGUGCAGGAGCAUGACACCACUACAGGACGCGUUGUCCUCACCAUCAACGAGGUGUUUAUCGAUGACAAGGGGCUGUACCGCUGCCUGGCCGUUAAUGAGUUCGGCCGCGACGAGACAGCUUCCUAUGUCACCGUCGAAGACAUAGAGGUGCUAGAGAAGUGUGAGCUGCGACAGGCACCGCGGAUCACACUUCCAUUGCAACCUCAGAUCCUUAAGAAACAUUCUUCUCUUGACUUGCUUGCGCGCUAUGAAGCCUUCCCUCCCCCGACUGUCAAGUGGUACCACCAGGGCAAGGAACUUAAGCCUUCACGAGACUACAAAAUCGAAACAAUCGAAGACGAAACGAGCCUCCACGUCGAGGAGGUAUUUGAGGACGAUUACGGAGAGUACGAAGUUCGGAUUUUCAACGAAGCUGGUGAAGCGAGGACUGUUGCCUCUGUUAUUGUUACCCAGCCUCUAGAGGUUGUGGAGAUGGAGCCGCCCAAAUUCAUAAAGCCGCUACAUCCACAAAUUGUUCCUGAAGGUGAGGUAGCAAUUCUCGAAGCUGAAGUCACAGCCAAGCCUGAAGCUGAAUUCAAAUGGUAUAGACACGGCCAGGAGAUCACACAUGAUGAAGAGAUUGAGGUCCAGAUAACAAGCAACAACAAUAAGUCUUCAUUGGUUCUGGGUGAGCUAUUUGAAGACGACUCUGGGGACUACACAGUGACUGCCCAGAACCCCGUUGGCCGAGCUUCGUCAACCGCAACUCUGUUAGUGGAGGGUGAGGGUGAUGAGGAAGCUGAGCCGCCUUCAUUUGAUCCUCCGCUGACGCCCAUUCGCGUGAUGGAUGGCGAAGAGGUGCGGUUUAGGUGCAAGGUCAAAGGCAAGCCCAUGCCGAAGCUGACCUGGCUCCAGAACGGACGGCCCAUUGCUCACCAUCGGGAGGUGCGCCUUACGCAGACGCCCGACGGGAAAGCUGGCCUCCAAAUACUUGAAGUGUUCCCUGAAGACGCCGGAGACUAUACAUGCAUCGCUCGAAACAAAGCCGGUGAAGCUAGGACUACCGCGAACCUGGCCGUUGAAUCUUAUGAAUAUGUGCCUGACUCAGAGGCGGCAACUACCACCUCUGUAUCCGAGAAGAACAUCUUCUCAGGCCCAGUCUCAGAAGAGGAAGAAACAAUUGAAAUCGAGAAAGACACAGACUCUGACAAUUCAGAGGCAGGCUCCGCCCCGUACUUCUGUAACAGACUUGAACAGAAAAUAGAAGUGGUCGAAGGGACCUCUGUACGACUGCUGGUCAAAGUUACUGGCUACCCUCGCCCGACCAUUAAGUGGCACACAGAUGGAGUUUCAGUUGAGGUGACUGAAACUCGCACUGUGGAAACAUACGAAGAUGGCACUUCUGCCUUAACUCUUCACAAAACUACUUUGGAGGACUGUGGCGAAUACGUGUGCGAAGCCAUGAACAGAAAUGGUGUAGACACGACCGUCACUACCCUGGUGGUCCUCCCGGAGCACACAGAGGGAACGUCCACAUCCUACCGAAAGCCUGAAUGGGUAACUCGAAUGGAGGAGCUGAAGGAGGCGAUGUCAGGUGAACAAUACCGACCACACUUUACGAAAGAAAUUACGAACUCACGAGUAAAGGAAAUGGAAACCAUCACAUUUACUGCACAUUUCCGCGGUAAUCCUAAGCCAGAUAUCACAUGGUACCACAACUCAAAGAUUGUUCGUCAGCAACAGUGUUAUCAGAUGAGAAUCCGCAAUGAUAAGGCAAUGUUAACUAUUGUUGAAGCUAGACCUGAAUUUAGAGGAGAAUAUUCCUGCCGUGCAGCAAACUCUGAAGGAGAAGUCUUUACCAGAGCUCAUCUUGAUGUCAUUGAACUAACAUAUGAAGAGAAGCUGAAGGUAAGCAAUGAGAGAUAUGCAGCUGUGAACAUCCAACAUGCUGCUGAGCAUAUGAGGGAGAAGGAGAGAGAACGUGCACUCAAGCAAAAGAAAGAGCAUGAGGAAGCAAUGGCCAGACUUAAGCAAGAUAAGGUGAAUCGUCAGGCUCAGCGCCAGCAGGAGCUGGAGGAUGCCAAAAAGAAUGUCUGGAAGCCUAAGGUUGUUGAAGAGGUAAAGGAAGUAAAGAAAUCUCCAAAGGAACAUUGUGUUGCUGAAUUAUACAGCAACUGGAAAUCAGCAGUUUCAUUUGAGGAUAAUUAUCCAGAACUCGAGCCUAAUGAAUUUGCUCCAAACCAGAUCCCUGGUGUCAAGUGCUUUGUGAAAGUUUCAGAGACUUCCAUCAAGGGAGAGGAAGUUGUCAGGGAGGUAGCACCUCAAUUCUUUCAAGAUGAGCAAAUUAUUCAUGAAUUGGCUAAGGUUCAUACACUGCUGAAAAACAAUGUAAGAGUCAAUGAAAUCUGGUCAAUGUUCCGUGCUGGUGAGUUCAAAGCGCUUCAGCAACCGAACAUUCAGAGCGCCCUUGUCAAGGUUUGCGAGUACAUUGGUCACCAAAGAAAUGUGUCCAUUGUGCUGGCUGAAGAAAUCCAGGAACAGGCCAAGAAGCAUCCUGUUGGUCUCAAAGCCUUCUUGCGUAUGCUUAAAUAUGCUAAGAACGUCAAACCUGAUACACUCUUCAAGGAUGUCAUCCCGCGUGAGAUGGGCAAGUGGUCAUCAACCACUCAGGAGUUGACCGAAGUAUCACAGAUGUUGAACAAGGGCAUCCAGACCGAGGAAAUCAUAGCAUCAUGUGUGGCUGGUAAACUACCAACACUGAAGAAGCCUGAGACCCAGCAACCUCUUGUCAACAUUGUGGAGAAGCAUGGCCAUUCUGUCAUGGUGGCUCAGGUGCUGGUUGAAGAGGCUUAUCGUGAUGCUAAGGAUGAGAGGGUGCUGGCAGAACAGGCCUGGGAAGUCAUUCAUGAGCAGGAGAUGAAGAUGGCUGAGGUAUCUGAAGUCAGGACAGAAUCCAAGCCAACACCAAAGCCAGCUGAGGUGAAACCAAAGCAAGUUGUUGAGGAAGAACCAACUGAACCUAAGCCUAAACUAAAACCAGUUCAUCCAAAACCAACACCAAAACCAGAAGAAGAAGAAACUGUUGAACUUAAACCUACAUUAAAGAAACCAACACCAAAACCAGAAGAAAUAAAACAAACACUAAAGAAAGUACAACCAAAACCAACACCAGAACCAACAGCAGAAGAAACAGUUCAGCUUAAACCUACACUAAAGAAAGCAGAACCCAAACCAACACCAGAAGAAGAAACUGUUGAACUUAAACCAACACUAAAGAAACCAACACCAAAACCAGCAGAAGAAGAAACUGUUCAACUCAAACCAACAUUAAAGAAAGUUGAACCUAAACCAACACCACAGCCAGAAGAAACUAAACCAACACUAAAGAAAUUAGAACCUAGACCAACACCAAAACCAACAGAAGGAGAAACAGUUGAACUUAAACCAGUACCAAAGAAAAUUGAAACCAAACCAACACCUGAACCAGAACAUAAACCAACACUAAAGAAAUUUGAGCCCAAACCAACACCAGAAGAAGAAACUGUUGAGCUUAAACCAACACCAAAGAAACCAACACCAAAACCAAAAGAAGAGGAAACAGUUCAACUUAAACCUACACUAAAGAAAGUAGAGCCCAAACCAACACCAGAAGAAGAAACUGUUGAACUUAAACCAACACUUAAGAAACUUACACCAAAACAAACUGAAGAAGAAACAGUUCAGCUUAAACCAUUUAAGAAAGUAGAGCCCAAACCAACACCAGAAGAAGAAACUGUUGAACUUAAACCAACACUUAAGAAACUUACACCAAAACAAACUGAAGAAGAAACAGUCCAGCUUAAACCAUUUAAGAAAGUAGAGCCCAAACCAACUCCAGAAGAAGAAACUGUUGAACUUAAACCAACACUUAAGAAACUUACACCAAAACAAACUGAAGAAGAAACAGUCCAGCUUAAACCAUUUAAGAAAGUAGAGCCUAAGCCAAAAGAAGAAGAAACUGUUCAGCUUAAACCAGUAAAGAGAGUAGAGCCUAAACCAACACAAGAAGAAACUGUUCAACUUAAACCAACACCUAAAAAACCAACACCCAAACCAACAGAGGAAGAAACUGUUCAACUUAAACCAAUUAAGAAAGUAGAGCCCCAACCAACUCCAGAAGAAACUGUUCAGCUUAAACCAGUAAAGAAAGUAGAGCCUAAACCAACACCAGAAGAAACUGUACAACUUAAACCAACACCUAAGAAACCAACACCCAAACCAACAGAGGAAGAAACUGUUCAACUUAAACCAAUUAAGAAAGUAGAGCCCCAACCAACACCAGAAGAAACUGUUUCAGCUUAA